UUGUGAGUUGACGGGGUUAAGGAGGUGUGGAAAAAUUAUGAAGCUUUCAACAUCAGGGUUGGGUCAGCAGGCUCAUGAAGGGGAGAAGAAGUGUUUGAAUUCGGAGCUAUGGCAUGCUUGUGCUGGUCCUUUGGUGUCCUUACCCACGGUGGGAAGUCGCGUGGUUUACUUUCCUCAGGGCCACAGCGAACAGGUUGCUGCCACAACUAAUAAAGAAGUUGAUGCUCACAUACCAAAUUAUCCGAGCCUGCCGGCCCAAUUGAUUUGCCAACUCCACAAUGUUACAAUGCAUGCAGACGUUGAAACUGAUGAAGUAUAUGCUCAAAUGACAUUGCAGCCCUUGACUCCGCAAGAACAAAAGGAUACAUAUCUCCCGGUUGAGCUGGGGACUCCAAGCCGGCAACCAACUAAUUAUUUCUGCAAGACAUUGACGGCUAGUGAUACAAGUACACAUGGGGGAUUCUCCGUUCCUCGUCGUGCUGCAGAGAAAGUUUUUCCUCCUCUGGAUUUCACGCAGACACCACCUGCGCAGGAGCUUAUUGCAAGGGAUCUCCAUGAUGUUGAAUGGAAGUUUAGGCACAUCUUCCGAGGGCAACCCAAGAGGCAUCUCCUUACUACUGGCUGGAGUGUGUUUGUCAGUGCCAAGAGGCUCGUUGCUGGAGAUUCUGUUCUUUUUAUUUGGAAUGAAAAAAAUCAGCUCCUGUUGGGAAUUCGGCGUGCUACUCGACCUCAAACAGUGAUGCCAUCAUCUGUUCUCUCUAGUGACAGCAUGCAUAUUGGACUGCUUGCUGCUGCUGCUCAUGCUGCGGCUACUAAUAGCUGUUUCACCAUUUUUUACAAUCCGAGGGCCAGCCCAUCCGAGUUUGUCAUACCACUUUCGAAGUAUUUUAAAGCUGUUUAUCAUACCCGUGUUUCUGUUGGGAUGCGUUUCCGUAUGCUGUUUGAAACCGAAGAAUCAAGUGUCCGCAGGUAUAUGGGUACAAUUACUGGAAUUGGUGACUUAGAUCCAGUUCGGUGGCCAAAUUCCCACUGGCGAUCUGUUAAGGUUGGCUGGGAUGAGUCAACAGCUGGUGAGAGGCAGCCAAGAGUCUCACUAUGGGAGAUUGAGCCUUUGACAACCUUUCCCAUGUAUCCAUCAUUAUUUCCGCUCAGACUGAAAAGGCCGUGGUACCCAGGAGCCUCAUCUUUUCAAGAUGCCGGUAAUGAAGCUGUUAAUGGCAUGACAUGGUUGAGAGGAGAAACUGGUGAGCAAGGACUCCAUUCCUUGAACUUUCCAUCAGUUGGUAUGCUUCCCUGGAUGCAACAGAGGAUUGAUCCAUCAAUGCUCCGAAAUGAUCUCAAUCAGCAGUAUCAGGCCAUGCUGGCUUUGCAAAAUUUUGGAAGUGGAGAUUUGCUUAAACAGCAAAUGGUGCAGUUUCAACCACCUGUCCAAUAUCUUCAACAUACUGGCAGCCAUAAUACGUUGUUGCAGCAUCAGCAAGUAAUACAGCAAGGGGUGUCUCCUCACAUACUCCCUCCACAAACCCAAAUGCUAUCAGAAAACCUGAAUAGGGCACAGGCGCAACAAGUCAACAAUCAAUCUGAAGAACAGCAACCACAUCAUCCAUUUCCGGAAGCAUAUGUGAUCCAACAUGAACAGCUCCAGCAGAGGCAAUCAUCAAAUAUACCAUCUCCAUCAUUUUCUAAAACUGACUUUGCUGAUUCAAACACUAAAUUUUCAGCAUCAAUAGCUCCUUCAAGCAUGCAAAAUGUGCUAGGCUCACUCUGUUCAGAGGGAAGUACUAGUCUUUUGAACUUCUCCAGAACGACUCAGACCAUGCUAAAUGAGCAGCCACCUCAGCAAUCCUGGGUAUCUAAAUAUUCUCAUGGACAAGUCAAUACUUGUUCGAGUGCUGCGUCACUUCCCCCAUAUCCUGGAAAAGAUGGUCCCAGUGGGCAGGAAGCUUGUGGCUUGGAUGCACAGAAUCAAGCUCUUUUUGGUGCCAACAUUGACUCUGCCGCUCUUUUACUUCCCACUACUGUCUCCAGUGUCGGUACUUCUUCAAUUGAUGCUGGUGUGUCUUCUAUGCCAUUAGGGGAUUCUGGCUUUCAGAAUCCUUUAUACGGUUUUGUGCAUGACUCUUCCGAGUUGUUGCAUGGUACAGGUCAAGAUUCACCUACACGAGCCCGCACAUUUGUCAAGGUCCACAAGUUGGGGUGUGUUGGGAGGUCAUUGGACAUCAGCCGGUUCAACAGCUAUCAUGAGCUGCGACAGGAACUCGGUCAGAUGUAUGGGAUCGAAGGGUUGCUUGAAGACCCUCAAAGAUCAGGCUGGCAGCUUGUAUUUGUCGACAGGGAGAACGAUGUGCUUCUCCUUGGAGACGACCCAUGGGAGGCAUUUGUUAAUAAUGUCUGGUAUAUCAAGAUCCUGUCUCCAGAGGAAGUGCAGAAGCUGGGAAAGCAAGAGGGUGAAUCCUUGAGUCGCAUUGCUGCUGAGAGGAUGAACAGCAGCAGUGGUGAUGGGCGAGACAUGGUCGCUAGGUUUCCUUCUUUAGGAUCACUAGAAUACUGAGAGGGAGUAAUCACUAAUCACUUGAACAGUCCUAAAAGCUCCAAAUGUUUUUGCAGUUUCUGCUUCCUUCCUUUCUAUUCAUCACACUGUCGUGUUUGUAUUUGUAGUGCUCUCUGUAUUCUGUUGUAGGAGGUAUAAUUCUCUUUUAGCCAGCGGGAAGGAUCAACAAUAUGUGAUCUGGACCCAGUUGAAAACAAGAAACUUGUGCAGACAUCCUAGAGAAUGCAGCAUUAUGUACUGAAAAGAGGAGACAAGAAAUGUAGUAGUAUUAGAAAUAUUUUCCCUCUA